AUGGGAUUCAAAUUCUCCCAUCUCUGUGACCUACUAGCGAGCCUAGAGGACAACCGGACGGCCAAGGCUGCUUCGACGAGGAAAGAUGUACCAGAUAUUCGAGUCAUUGCUCAAUGGUUCGUCCGCCAUGACAGGAAUAUUCAUUCCCCCGAUACAGAUAUGCUGGCCCUGCUUUCAUGCAUGUUUCCCGAGCGACGUCCUGACCGAGUGUACUGGCUGCAGGCCACAUCAUUGGCACGCGUGAUUGGCCGCUGCCUGGGCUUGGGAUCAUCCCGGCUGGCAGAGAUGGAGCGAUGGUGGAAGUCUGGUGGCCCUGACCUGGGACAGUGCGUCGAGGAUGUGAUGCGCCAGGCUGAAAAUCAUGUCCCCGAUGGUUGUGAGGUCUCGGUAGAAGAGAUUGACCAGGCUCUGGCGAUGAUUGCUUCACGGUGCCGCUUCUCAGGCCCACAGGUUCGCCGACAACAAUCUGCAGUGAGCGUUGAAGGCGCUCUUUCGCCACUGUAUCGCAGAAUGAGCAGCCGCGAUGCGAAGUGGCUUACUCGCAUGAUUUUGAAGAGCUACGCUCCAGUAGCCCUCCCGGAGAGGAUUACUCUGGAAGGGUUCCACUUUUUGCUUCCACAUCUUCUUCAGUUUCAGAGCACCUUAGAAGGAGCAUUAGGUAUGUUGGCUUCAAAACCCUUGAAUCAUUUCCCAUCUCGCCCCAAUCCGAAGCUGGCGGGCACUUUGUCUUCGAUUGCCCUUGAACAUUUGCAGCCAAGAACAGGAAUUAAAAUUGGCCGACCUGAAUAUUUCAAGGCUCGCAGUAUCAAACACUGUCUGCAAAUGGCGAAUGGACGUCGUAUGAGCGUCGAAAGGAAGUAUGAUGGGGAAUAUUGUCAGAUCCAUAUUGAUCUAACAAGGAAACAAAACCCAAUACAAAUCUUCUCCAAAAGCGGCAAAGAUUCCACCACAGAUAGGUCUGCCAUUUUCACAGUCUUGGAAGAAUCGCUUCAAAUUGGAAAGCCUAGGUGCAGGUUUUCCACCCGGUGUAUUCUCGAAGGAGAGCUACUCGUGUGGAGCGAUAAGCAUGGCGGAGUUGUAGGAUUCCACAAGCUUCGCAAAUUCCUUUCCCGAUCCGGCACGUUCAUUGGCAUCGAACAAGAUUCCCCGCCACAGCCAUAUGAGCAUCUGAUGAUUGUGUUUUUCGACAUUCUUCUUCUAGAUGAUGACGUGUGCCUCAGAGCUCCCCAUCGAAAAAGAAGGCUCCUUCUUCAAAAAGUAGUUCAAAGUAUUCCUGGCCACGCUGCUGUAGCGGAACAAGAUAUUUUGGACUUCAGCCGAAUUGACAGCAAAAGCCGGCUCGAAGCCAGCUUUGCAAAGGCGAUAACCCAAAGGUGGGAGGGGUAUGUUUUGAAGGGGUGCGAUGAACCAUAUUUCCCGAUAUACGCUGCUGGCGUCGAUAAGUCGUUUAGUCGAUGGAUCAAGCUCAAAAAGGACUACAUCCCGGGUCUUGGUGAUACUGUGGAUCUCGCGUUAGUAGGUGCUUGUUACAAUGCCCAAGAAGCGGCCGCCAUUUCCCCUUCCACAAAAUUGAAGUGGACCCAUUUUCUGGUCGGAUGUCUCCUGAACAAGGAUGCUAUUCUUCAAGUUGAAGCUGUACCGCAGUUCAAAGUGAUCGAUGUGAUCAAUCGUCAUUGCAUGAAUCGAACCUUUUUACAAUACCUCAAUCAAUUUGGGGAAUUCUACGCUUCUGACCCAGAAUCUUUCGAGAUUUUUCAUCUUGAGUAUGGACGAAGUGAGAUCCCGGCGGCUUCUGUGGUUUUCAAAAGACCGUUUAUCGUCGAGAUGAUGGGCAGUGGAUUUGAAAAGCCAUCUGGUGCAAGGUACUACACUCUACGCUUCCCCAGAAUUCUGAAAAUUCAUACAGAAAGGGCACUUGAGGAGGCUGCUUCUUUCCGCGAACUGCAACUUCUGGCAGAGGACUCCAGAUCUAUACCCGCAGAAGAGCUAUCCCAAGAACAAGAACAAUGGUGCAAGAGAUUGAAGGUUGGAGAUGAAUCUGGUCAUUACAAGGUCCAAAGAUCUUGCAGCCCCUCUUCGGCAAUAUCGUACGAAGCAGAGUCAAAUGAAACCCCAACAUCGGAAAGUACUCAUGCCACAUUUACUGACCGUGGUUCUUCAAUGGACUCUUGUCGAUUGGUCAAUACAGCCUACCGACAUUCAAGCUUGAAUCACUCGCAUAACAGCACCGAGGAUUCUCCUGUAGUGCACAUCGAUGAGACUAGGAUUCUGUCUUGUACUCGGAAUAUGUCUCAUGACCCAACUGUGCUAGCUGAAAACGUGAAUUUGUUGUCUCACAAGAGAACUGAUCUAAAUUUUACCAGUAUCAGUUCCUCGGCGCUGGGAAAACAGGACCAGAAAGACUCAUCCAACGCACGACCAACCAAUUUCGAUUCCAUGCACCACGAGAAUCAAGUAAAGCCCAAUCAAAAUGGUACAGAAAUUGACACAAAAUACCUCUCAAAUGAAUAUCAAGGUGAAAUAUUUCAAUCACCAUUGACAACAAUCCCUGUCUAUAUGCCUGGAAAAUCGACAACGCAAUAUUUACGGAAGGCAAACGAAAAUUCUUCUGGGAUUUGUGAAUUCUUUCACGCCCUAUGCUCCGAAGGCUUUGUCUCCGCUUUCCGAAAAUCGAAUCCUCUGGCGGCAUCUCAAGGCAUAGUCUAUGGAAUGGCUUUGAUCAAUCCUGGGGAAUCACGACUUGGACCGGAAAUACAGAAAGUGGCGAAAUUCGUUCUUCAAUCAAUCCGCCGAGACACGACCGCAUUCCCUCCCAAAGGAAGAAUUAUCUUCUUAGACUCGGUCAUACUGGAAGAGAAUCUUGAGCCUGAGGAUCUUCGAUUUUGCCUGCGAGAGACUUGGCGAGAUCUUGGCCGCCGAUAUUAUUAUGCAUGUCUUCGAUGGGAUUUGACGGCAGGAGAUAGAACACAAGAGUCAGGGCAAACAAUGAAUUUUGGCAUUGAUAACCGUGAGCAAUCUCCAUGCCUUUUGGCAAGUUUUGACGAAGAUGAAGUUUUGGCACUUGGAGAGUACCCCUCUGUUGACUCGCUGUUGCAUACUAGCAGCAACUGA